AUGGAUUUCAUCAAGACCAGUUCCCUGCGUGCUCUGAUUGAGUUAACUUUCCAACGCAAGUGGAACGGCCUAAUUUGGAUGAGUAGAAAAGGAGUUAUAGCCAAAAGAGUGAAGGCUGCUCCAGACGGCUCUAUCGAGAAUCAGCGCCGAACCGCGCAGACCGGCUGGCCGAGGAACGAUUGUUCCGCGCUCGGCCAAAGUCAUAUCCGUCCGACUGAAGUCUCGGCCAAAGUUCAACCACCGGCCGAUCACACGCACGACCCGGGAAAAUUGCCCGCGGUCGGCCAAGCCACACACGUCACGCCACGCCGCGCACGACCAGCCGCGCGAGCCGGGAACAAGCCUCGCGGCCGCGCAACCCGUUCGCGUACCACGGCCGAUGCAUCCGUCCGAGCCGGGAAGACGUCCCACGUCCGGCCGAGAAACCAUCGGCCAAAUUCCAUCCGCCCGACCACGCCGGCCGACCGUUCCGAUAGACCCGAUCCGGCCGACCGACGACCGUCCGAACGCCGCGGUCGACCCGAAGCCGUUUUUGAAGCCCAAUCCGCACAAUUCAAGCCCAAAGCCGGCGCCGACCUAGCUAGAUUAGCACCACCACCUUCAUGGGAUAGUCCUCCAAGACCAUCCACUUUGAAGACAAAGAAGAAACUUCUUCCUUACCUUGAAGCAGCCGACCUGGAGACGUCUAGCCAAGCCGCAUCACACCAAGAAGAGCACCUUCUAGCCACACCAGAAGAGGAGAUUAACCCUGAGCUGAUCGAGUUCGUGAAGAGAGAUCAAUUCCAUGAUCUGUUUUCAGAGUAUGCACUGGAGCACAUAGAUCACUUUGACAAUCUUUGUGAUUCCUAUGGAGUUUUUGACUUUGAGAAGAAGAUGAUGCUAUUCAGCACAUCACUAGCUGGACCAGCACUAGAUUGGGCGCAGCAUGAACCACCUCUACAAUCGAGUCAUGGAUCGAUUUUAGAGAAGCUUUCUUGGAAAGGAUUUGCAAGGAAGCCACCUUUCAAAUCCAAGUACACCACUACUCUCAUCAGCUGGAGAGAGAGCGUGAUGAAGAAGAAUGGGGAGGCAUACCACCCCAUCCUGAAGUUUUGA